AUGAGGUCGGCAUGCGGGGACAAGGGGCAAGGCGGCAAGCAUUGGAAGGUCCGGCACAUGACCUCCAAGGCGGCAUCGAAUUCAGAAGGUGGGGAAACAACCGUCGUUCUGACACGUCUUCCGAAGGCUCUGACUGCAGAGAUUCUACUGGGUUUACUGGAUGAGCUCUUCCCUUGUGCAUAUGACUACUUCUAUUUGCCUAUGGACAUGGGCAAAUUCGAGAACCGAGGUUUAGCAUACAUCAAUUUUCGAAGCCACGAGAAAGCUGUGGAAUGCCAGAACCACUUCGAGGGCGCCGAGGACUGGAAAGGACACACUAGCGAGCGCCCUUGCAAGUCAGAGUGGUCCUCCAUCCAGGGCUAUGCUGCAAACAUUCAACGGCAACAGAGAUCAGCUUGGCUCACCAGCGCCAUUCCCGAGGGCUGCAAGCCCAUGGCCUUUGAUGAACAUGGAAUGCGUCUGCCAACUUUGGACAUUUUUCCUGCAUCACUGGCCGACAGUAGAAAGGAUGGCAGGUCUUGCCGGACGAUGAGCGACAACAACAAGGAGUGGUGGAGGGACCAGUGGUACGGUAGCAGUUCAUCGGAACAAAAUGCUGGAAAGAACAGGAAAUCGUGCAGAUGGUAUGACUCUUGGUCUCGGAAAAACGACGACUGGCGUGCAUUCUCCGACACAAAGGCACGUAAUCGGAUAUGGCGCACCAUCAAUCGGGAUCCGGAGAGUUUACAUGAUGAGUACGGCGAGGCGAGCCAGAAUAGUGAUCAAUUUGAGCAUGGGAUGGCAGAUGACAAGCCGGAGGGGUUUGUGCCUGGGAAGCAUCGAGAAGAAAAGAAGAAGAACCAGGCCGGAAAUGACGACAAUCUGGCAGUGAAGGUAUCCACAUUACAGGGUCGGCCUCCGCUGGCGAGUUUGCUGGGCCUGUCCAGCAACGAAUCCGCCGCAGUACCGAAGUCUGCCGCAGCCGUGCUAGCAAAAGCCGCAGAGUUGCCAAAGGGUGUGGACAAGAGCAAGUCUGAUGAUGCAGACAUAUCAGUCGAGAAGCAUCGGUUUCAGUAA